AUGAUUGAGGAUGGCCUGGCCCCGAGGCGGCCAGAUGCACCAAGAUAUACGAGGCCGUACCCGCCGAAAAUCGACCGGACCCCUCUUCCCCGGAACUAUCGAUUGCCAGAAUUCAUGCUGUUCUCCGGGGAUGGGCAGACCUCCUCCAUUGAACACAUAGGCCGCUUCAUGGCCCAGUGUGGAGAGGCCGAUUCGGACGCCCAGAAGCUCCGUUUAUUUGUCCAUUCUUUGACUGGCGCGGCGUUUUCAUGGUUUAUAAACCUUUCGCCGAACUCAGUAAGGGAUUGGUCUGAUAUGGAAAGGAUAUUCCACGAACAUUUCUAUCAGACCAACCGAGAAAUAACGGUCGCCGAGCUGGCAAGGAUGAGCCAGGCAUCAGACGAAUCACCUCGCGACUACCUACAACAAUUCAAAAUAUGCAGGAACUGGUGCCGCACGAACCUGCCAGAGAGGGAGUUUGUCAAGAUGGCCGAAGAGGGCUUGGAAUUCGAGUACAGGAAGAAAUUCCUGGGAAUCGAAUUCCGAGACAUGUAUGACUUGACAAACAAGGUGGACAGAUAUGCGUCCUUAUUAAAAGAAGAGAUGCAGAAGAAGGCGGCCUCGAAAGGGACCUACUACAGGAAUCCCAUCGUCAGCUACGCCAAAGCAGACGGCUCCGUAGAAGCCGAGAGCGAUGAGGUAGAGAUGAGUUCGGCCGAAGUCAGCAUAGACAAACCCUUCGUAUGCAAAGGACUUGUCAAAACCGACAAUAGCCGCACAAAAAUACCUGACGCCAAGUUCGCAACGCGGGAAACAAAGGCCUAUACUUUUGACCUAACAAGGGCCGAGGCCAUCUUCGAUCUGCUACUGGCCGAGAAAAAGGUCAAAUUGUCUUUCGGCCAUAAAAUCCCGAAACCUGACGAGCUCAAAGGGAAGACGUUUUACAAAUACCACAGUUCUUGGUCCCACAACACCAACAAUUGCGUUGUCCUAUGA